GCCAUGGCGCCGUGUCCCUGCUCCCUCAGUUACAGAAAGUGGCCGCCUCUCUGCUGCUGUCGACCCAAAGCUCACAGACUCGCUCGUUGUCUAGACCCGCCAUCUUGGAGUCAGAGAACUGAGAGUCGGCAGCAGCUACGAGAGAGCGCAAAAGGGGGACACGGGGCCAAGGUGAGAAAGUGUUUUGGAGGUAAUAUGGUGAGGGAGCAAUGGGUUUCAGGCCUUUACAUCUGCUGUGCUUGGAGUUGAAAUUGGCUAUGAUGAUGUCGUCCAUAGCCCACAUUUCUAAGUGAGUACCCCUGCCCGGUAGGGCCUACUGGUCUCAGUUCUCGAUGGAGUCGGUGGAUGAUGGGGCGGCAGGGUCAUCAUCUGGCCUGGCCAAGCCUCUUCACCUCCAAUACCUGGAGAGAUCCCUUCGCCUGGACAGCUUCCUCCGCCAGACUGCCUCCAUCUUCAACAGAGACCUAUCCAGUGAUGACAGUGAUGACAGCGACAGUGGUGGAUUGGGGGAGGGUCCUUACUUGGGGAUGACUAAUCAGCACGCGACACUGGCAAUAAAGGAGGAGUCAUGUGACCCGGAGGAGGAGGGGCUUGUUACAGAAGGCAAUACCCUCAAUGGAGCCCUGCUGCAAGAAUACAAGACAGACAAGGCCAGGCUGUACAACUUCUCCAAGUUGAAAAAGAGCAGGAAGUGGCUAAAGAGUAUCCUGUUGAGUGGGGACACCAGUGAGUCAGACACAGACUCUGAGGACUCUGACAUCAGUCUGUCCAGAGAGGAGCUACAUGACAUGCUUAGACUGCACCAGUUCACCAGGCAGCACCAGAACAAGUUUCACAAAGACCGAGAGCAGUACCAGUAUUACAGCACGGGGCUGCUGUCCUCUCAUGACCCCUUUUAUGAACAACAGCGCCACCUGCUGGGUCCCAAGAAGAAGAAGAUUAAGGAGGAGAAGAAAUUCAAAGGCAAAUUGAAGAAGGUGAAGAGGAAAAAGAAGCGAGGAGAGGGGGAGUUUUCCGGAGAGGGACGACCGUAUGUCAACAAGGUCUUCGCCAAGUUCUCCCAUGAUGCACCACUGCCCAUGCUUAAAAAGAAGCACCUGACUGUAGAGCAACUGAAUGCACGGCGACGCAAAGUCUGGCUCACCAUCGCUAAGAAGGAGUGCCCCAAGGCAUUCAAACAAAAAGCCUCUGCCAAGAACUUUGUCCUAACCAACGCCAGAAAGCUGGCCCACCAGUGUAUGCGUGAGGUGCGCCGGGCAGCCAUCCAAGCCCAGAAGAACUGCAAGGAGACUCUGCCCAGGGCCAGGCGGCUUACCAAGGAGAUGAUGCUCUACUGGAAGAAAUACGAGAAGGUGGAGAAGGAACAUCGGAAGAGGGCAGAGAAAGAAGCUCUUGAGCAACGCAAGCUAGACGAGGAGAUGAAAGAGGCCAAGCGUCAGCAGCGUAAACUGAACUUCCUGAUCACCCAGACAGAGCUGUACGCUCACUUCAUGGGGGGGAAAGGCCCCGGGGAGGGUGGGGGACAGGAGGACAUCCUCAGCAAGCUGGACGACAACACCUCUCAGAAACAGAUUGACAUCGGAGGAGGGGUGAUGGUCAACGUUGGACCGGAGGAUUACGAUAGUGAAUACUACAAGUCCCAGGCUCUGAGGAAUGCCAAGGAGGCUUAUGAAAUCCACCAGGCUACAACGCGGCUCUUCGACGAGGAGGCCAAGGACAGUCGCUGCGCCUCCCUGCACCAGGCCAGCGGGUCAGGGUUUGGGGAGAGCUAUAGCCUGGCCAACCCCUCCAUCCAAGCCGGAGAGGACAUCCCCCAGCCCACCAUAUUCAACGGGAAGCUGAAGGGCUACCAGCUCAAAGGCAUGAACUGGCUGGCCAACCUUUAUGAACAGGGAAUCAAUGGUAUCCUGGCGGACGAGAUGGGUCUGGGCAAGACCGUACAGAGCAUCGCCCUGCUGGGUCACCUGGCUGAGCGGGACAAUAUCUGGGGGCCGUUCCUCAUCAUCUCCCCCGCCUCCACGCUGAACAACUGGCACCAGGAGUUCACCCGCUUCGUCCCCAAAUUCAAGGUGUUGCCAUACUGGGGGAAUCCACACGACCGCAAGGUGAUCAGGAAGUUCUGGAGCCAGAAGACCCUGUACACCCAGAACGCCCCAUUCCAUGUUGUGAUCACCAGCUACCAGCUGGUGGUUCAGGAUGUCAAGUACUUCCAGAGGGUCAAGUGGCAGUACAUGGUCUUGGACGAGGCCCAGGCCCUGAAGAGCAGCACCAGUGUUCGGUGGAAGAUUCUGCUCCAGUUCCAGUGUAGGAACCGACUGCUGCUCACCGGGACGCCCAUACAGAACACCAUGGCAGAGCUGUGGGCCCUGCUCCAUUUCAUCAUGCCUACGCUGUUCGACUCUCAUGAAGAGUUCAACGAGUGGUUCUCCAAAGACAUUGAGAGCCAUGCCGAGAACAAGUCCGCCAUCGAUGAGAACCAACUGUCCAGGCUGCAUAUGAUUCUGAAACCCUUCAUGUUGAGGAGGAUCAAAAAGGAUGUGGAAAAUGAGCUCUCUGACAAGAUUGAAAUCCUGACGUACUGCCAGUUAACGGGCAGACAGAGGCUGCUCUAUAGAGCUCUGAGGAACAAGAUCUCCAUUGAGGACCUUCUCCAGUCUUCUAUGGGAUCUGCACAGCAGGCCCAUACCACUACCUCAUCCCUGAUGAACCUGGUCAUGCAGUUCAGAAAGGUUUGUAACCAUCCAGAUCUGUUUGAGCGCCAGGAAACCCGCUCUCCAUUCCACAUGUCCCUGAGACCCUACAUCUUGUCCAAGUUCCUCUACCGACAUGGACUCACACACACCUCCACCCACACACACAGCAGAAACAAGCUUCUUCAGGUGCUUCUGUCACCCUUUUCGCCUGAUCACAUCCAGCAGUCCCUCUUCCACAGAAAAAGCGAUCACGAAGGAAGCUGCUUCUCCUUCCUGCGUUUCAUCGACGUGUCGCCGGCCGAGAUGUCCAAUGUCAUGCUGCAGGGGACUGUGGUCCGGUGGUUAGCUCUGUUUCUGUCCCUGAAGGCGGCGUAUCGGCUCCACCACGAGCGCCUCUGGGGUGUUGAGGAGGAGGAUGGUGUGAGGAUGGGAGGAGGGAGGCCCGGGGGUCAGUGUCUGUCCAGGACAGGUCUGAUUCUCUGGCUGGACAGGCCAACUGCCUACCCCAACACGCGCACUAGCACGGUGCUACGGGAUCUGGUGUUCAGCCACUACAGUCCAGGUGUGAUGGGCCACAAUGAUGUUCUGGUCCACAGUCGGCGCCCCACCACCUCCACCACCCUACGACCUUGCCAACCCACAACGCCACCCAAGUUCCUGCUGGCUGCUGUACCACGGGUAACGGCGAUGCCCAUGGAGAGGUACUGUGACGACCGCAGCGCCGAGUACGAAUGGCGUGUGAUGCGGGCCGGAGGGGGCGUGACCGCCAAGCAGUGCUUCCUGUACGGCUCUCCGGAUCUGGCCUCUGAUUGGCUGUCCCGAGCCAACGCCUUUUACCCGCGCUUCCCUGGGGGUGUGAUGGCCCUCUACCCCCGCCAUGGGUGGUCCUAUGUCAGAAUACCAGACAAGGAGACCCUGAUCACUGACAGCGGGAAGCUUCACACUUUGGACCUGCUGCUGAGUCGUCUCAAAGCCCAGGGACACCGGGUCCUCAUCUACUCCCAGAUGACCCGGAUGAUUGACCUGCUGGAGGAGUACAUGGUGUAUCGUAAACACACCUACAUGCGUCUUGACGGCUCCUCUAAGAUCUCUGAACGGAGAGACAUGGUGGCCGACUUCCAGAACCGGACCGACAUCUUUGUGUUCCUCCUGAGUACGAGGGCUGGAGGUCUGGGUAUCAACCUGACUGCUGCUGACACUGUGAUCUUCUAUGACAGUGACUGGAACCCCACAGUGGACCAGCAGGCUAUGGACAGAGCCCAUCGACUGGGUCAGACCAAACAGGUCACUGUCUACCGCCUCAUCUGCCAACACACUAUAGAGGAGAGGAUACUUCAGAGAGCCAAGGAGAAGAGUGAGAUCCAGAGGAUGGUGAUCUCCGGGGGCAACUUUAAACCCGACACCCUGAAACCUAAAGAGGUGGUCAGCCUCCUGCUUGACGACGAUGAGCUGGAGAAGAGAUUGCGCGUUCGUCAGGAGGAGAAGAGACAACAGGAGGAGGUCAGCAAGGUCAAGGAUCGCAAGAGGAAAAGAGAGAAAUACGCUGAGAAGAGGAAGAGGGACGACGAGGACCCUAAAGAUCCCAAGAGGAGGAAGGAGUUGAACCUGGUCAUCCCUUAUGUCCCGUCUGCAGACAACUCCAACCUGUCAGCCGACGGAGACGACUCCAUCAGCAUUGACCUGGACGACUCCAACAUUCCCAGCCCCUUCAGCGAGAUCUCUCUGAGCAGCGAGCUCCAGCCCAGCUCCCUGCCCCCGGAUCACGACCCCGACCAUGACCCUGAUCCAGACCAGGACGAGAGCAGCAGUGACAUGCUGGUCAUCGUAGACGACCCAGUGUCUUCGGCGCCCCAGUCCAGGGCUACCAACUCACCCGUCAGUGUGUCUGGGUCCGUUUCGGACAAUAUGAACGGUGUGUCCAACCAGGACACCUCCAGCCCGGGGCGAGGCAGGUCAGGGAGGAGCCGGGGGCGGCCCAAGGGUUCCGGUUCUGGAGGCGGGGCCAAGUUGGCGGGGAAGGGGCGUGGCAGGAAGUCGACGGCGGGCAGCGCGGCCGCUAUGGCAGGAGCAAUGGCCGGGGCAGCUGCAGCUUCAGCCGCAGCCUACGCAGCCUAUGGAUACAGUAUGUCAAAAGCAGGUCUCCCUGCAGCAUCAACGCUCCAACCGUCUCUGGGUCGGUCAGGGACGGCCCCCGCCUUUUCCCCCAGAAACAGUCCCUCCCCACAGGGGAAGGGUAGCUCAGUGGCCCCUAGCCCCCAGAGACAACCAGCCUCCACUCAGAGUAACCCCCAGCAGAGACAGCCGACAGGCCACACCCAUCACCACAGUCAGGGCCACGGGACAGCCAGGAAGGCCAAGGGACCCGGAGGACCAGGGGCUCGAUAACACACAGCGAUCACAGACAUUAACACACACAUCUACUGACACACACCACCAGCCCCAUCCACAGCACUGCAUGAAGAAGGCCCUGGGGCUGGGAUGAUAGGCACCCCACACUCCCAAGAAUGUCACCCAAUGUUGUGGGCUUUUAAACACACAACAACAUCUACUGCACUGACUAGCUCCCACUGUCACCCCCAUGUGACCCUCUCUUCAACCAAUCCACGCAGACGUGACGUCAUCCAUUCCUGCAGGACCAUGCUAUCCCGGAGGGCAGAAGGAGAGGCUCAAAACUCAUCCUGUUCCCUUUCACCAGGGACGUUAUCCUUCCUUCCAUUAAUUGUUAUAUUUCGUCCCUGUCAGUGGACAGAUUCUUUCUUGAGUGGUGGUUUGUGUUGUUGGCGACUGAGAGUAUUUUAAAGUGCUUUUUUUUUGUGGAGGACAAUGUCAUUUUAAAUGUUGGUGACGCGCAACUGAUGGCCUCCUGAUUUGUGGGUUGGUUUGCUGACAUUGUGACGCUGGCCAGCUUGCGUAAGUACCAGGCUGUCUGUGAUCGACUGUCAGCUCUUUUAGUUGACCUAGCGUUUAGAACACAAACAGAAUGGCUCUCAGGCUAUAAGGCAGCAUCUCACGUUAAUGCAUAAAGCGCUUCUGACAUGAUAUGUCGGCCUGUCUCUAAAUGGUGUCUCCACUUGCACACUCUUCUCAGUCAAAAAAUACUUGUUUAGCAUUAGAAGGAAAUGUUAACAGCAGGAUCUUUAGGUUGAUGUCAUAUUUUCGUAGAUAUGUUUAUUUCUUUAUUACCAUACAACUAUUCUACUGCAUUUCAGAACAAAAUGUGAAUGCAUACCAAACUAAAACCGUUCUGCUUUUGUAUUAUAUCUCUUAUUUUUAUAUUCAAAAAAAAAAUAGGUGUUGUCAGUGACUCACAUAGAAAUGGCACAUUUGUACUUAUCUCUCUUCAUAGAGGUUAUCCUUACACAGAAAAAUGGAGGAAUGAUAAUAUAUAGAUAUAUAUUUUCUGAGAACAUGAUCGAAGAUCGAAGGGUAUUUUGUGGUAAAUUCAAUGUAAUUCCAAAGUUCCGAGCACUGCUUGAUAAUGAUGUUGCUGAUUUGUUUAUGGAGAAAUCUAAUGUGCUUCCGAAAUGGCACCUGGUUUCCAAUACUGUGCCCUCCUUUUAACAAAAAAAAUGGACCGAAAGGAGGGCAUUACUUCGGCAAUAAGGUGCCAUAGGAUUCCUUAAAACGCUCGGAUUGUAUAAUGUACCAUAGAACUUAAGUUAACUUUAAAAAGUGGUUAAUAAUUUAUGAGAAUUAAUAUGUACACUGUAAAAAAUAGUAUUGAUGCCAUUUUUAUUUUUGAAAACAGAGGGGAGAGAAAAGUUGUACUUUCGAUCAGAGAAGUUCACAACUCUUAUGUUUUUCGGUGACAUUUUAUUUUUGGGCAUGACCGCUCAGGGUUGCCAAAUAUCCAGAAAGUUAAUGGAUUUCCAGCCUUUCUGAUUCUACUAACCAUGAUCACCGUAAAUGAAGAGGUUUGAGAAGGCUGCGGGAAUUGUGCGACCCCCUUGUGGAGCCAAGCACUACAUCGAAUUUGAGCUUGUGUUGGAUAAUAUACUGUGAUAGUGAAAUCUGUCUAGUACCUUGAUGUAAAUAGUAUUUGAAGGUGACACGUUCUCCCCUGGUUGGCCCCUCCCCCAGUUUGCCUGUCUAUUUUUAUAGGUCAUGUGUAAAUAUGAAUACAAAAAUGUCAUUUUACUAACAGGAAAAGCCAAUUCAAAAUAAAAACAGACUGAUAAAUCA